UUCGGAUCAGACGUCUCCCCUCAAAGAGGCGGACGAACAUCGUGUCCGAUGUUUAUGGCCAGAGUAAUCUAGAGAGAAUGGCUCUGUGUAUGGUUAAACUGCAGUAUUUGAGUUCUUUGCAUGUUAGUUGGCGAUGAUGAAGUCGAUCAAUAAUGGUUGUUCUGAGAGAAGGCAUGUGCCCUGGGCUGGAAGAAAACAUUGUCCGCGAUUUGCGUGCUGCCAACAUUACCACAGCCAGAUUCCUCUUCUCUUCACAGUGGAGGACUUGGUGGCGUCUGAUAGCGAGGAACUUGCCCAAAAAUGCUCUUUGUCCUACAAGGCGCUGUUGGCCAUCCGGCGAGUGCUACUCGCCCAGCACACCGCCUUCCCGGUCUCUGGAGCGGACCUCUACGAGGAGCUGCUGAGCUCCACGGCCAUCGUCUCCACCAGUAUCCCCAGCCUGGACAAGCUGCUGGAUUCAGGGCUGUACACCGGGGAGAUAACGGAGCUGUCAGGAGGCCCGGGGACCGGCAAGUCUCAGGUAUGUUUUGCGGCGGCCGUGCACACGGCACACCGACUGAAGCAGAGCGUGAUCUACAUAGACACGACGGGGGGGCUGUCUGCCAGCCGGCUGCUGCAAAUGCUGCAAGUCCAAACGGAUCAUGUUGAAGAACAGAUGGAGGCUCUUCAGAGGAUUCGUGUCUUCCGUGUGUUCGACAUCUUCUCCUUACUCGGCUGUCUGCACACUAUCCGGUGUGGUGGCCCUCAACAGGCCUCCCUUGGCGCGGGCUCUGUGAAGGCUGUGAUCGUGGACUCGGUGUCGGCCAUUAUCUCUCCAACAUUGGGAGGCAAACAGAACGAAGGCAUGUCCUUAAUGAUGCAAGUCGCAGGAGCCCUGAAGACCAUCGCUAAGGACUUCAACGUGGCCGUUUUGGUCACCAACCACGUGACGCGAGGAGCUGGAGGGGAGCUCCAGGCCGGUCUGGGUCUGACCUGGAGCCACGUCCCCCGGACCAGACUCCUGCUGGAGCGCUCCCGGGGCCCCGGGCCCCUGCUGGGCAGCACACGCACCGCCACGCUCGUCAAGUCCUCCAGACAGCCGUGUCACAUCAAAGCCCAGUUUGACUUGAACUGGGGGAGCGGGUCUGAAGAGGGGCUGCCGGGAAGAAAGCGAGCACGGGACUCUUCAGAUUCCUGACUGCGUUCCAACGACGGCAUCACCAGGAAGACCAUCCCUUAAAAGUCUGAACAAUGAAGCAUUAUGCAAACAAUCAUUCCAAACUGUAUGUGUGCUUCUUUGUAUGCUUUUGUUUUUCAAGAAGGUGGCACUUUAAUGUCUCUUUAUUUUUUUUUUAGUUGAAAUAAGACUAAUAGGUUGCAGUUGGCCCAGGAAAGCUUCCUCUCAGAUUGUUGUAUUCAGAAGGCGGCAAUGUAAUUAUACCAAUAUUCUGUAAAUAUUCACACUCUCAUGCUGUGGUGUUGAAGCAGGCUUCAGAAUGUGUGGAUUCCUCGAUAUGUAGAGUGUUCUGCUGUAGUAUAUUUUUGGCAUAUUUUAUGUGAUACACUCGCUGUGUGGGCCUGCAAAGUCUUGUCUUUCAGUUGCUUGUAAACCGUUACUCUCAAGAAAGACAAACAUUAAUAGAUUGGUGUUAGUGUAAUUGUUUAUUACCUAUAAAGGCAUUUUGGCUUAUUAUGCAUAUCCAAUACCAGCCAAAAUGUUUUGUAUCGAAUUCAUCUUGUUUCAAACGUAAAAAGACAAAACAAAAAAAAAACUAACAUUUCAAAGUAAUCGGGAUACCUCGAUGGACCAACGUACUCAUAGAUAUUCUAUGAUCUGCUCGAACAAGUCAAUUAUUACUUUCCUUGAUGCAGUUUGUUUUCUGAAAAUAUUUUCUACAAAAUAAAUGUGUUGAUAGUCAAUACCUCA